UGCUGUUCUCUGCGCACCGUCUUUUCCCGCCCACGAACCUCCCGCUCCCCUUUUGUCUUGUGAAGGCUCUCGAUCUUAUCUUUUGGCAAGAUGUUCCGUUCCGCCGUCGUCCGCUCUCUGAGGACUUCCCUGCCCCGUGCCGUUCGCACGCCGGCUCCCUUCCAGAUCCGCAGCUCUGCUGCUGUCCGCCCAUCUCAAUUCGCUGCCCGCCUUGCUUUCCCGGCUGUGCGGUGCUAUUCUGCCCCCGCUGGGCUGGCUAAGGAUGAGGUUGAGGGCCGGAUAGUCAACCUGCUGAAGAACUUUGACAAGGUCAACGAUGCUAGCGCGAUCACCGGUUCCUCUCACUUCUCCAACGACCUCGGCCUGGACAGCCUGGACACUGUGGAGGUGGUGAUGGCCAUCGAGGAGGAAUUCAGCAUCGAGAUCCCUGAUAAGGAGGCCGAUGCCAUCCACUCCGUCAACCAGGCGGUCGAGUACAUUCUUUCUCAGCCUGAUGCCCAUUAGAUAUAAAAUCAGGGAAUGGAAACGGUUGGGGACUCCGGUUAGAAACAGGGGAGGGCGGCGUAAGGCUGCACUAAUGCUGGA